CAGACCACAAGGCAGGCUGAGCGGCAUGCUAUCUACUACUGUAGUACAUUCCAAUCACGUACCAUGACCGAGAAGCAACAACACCGUCCCAGCCUGCCGACAACGGACAACGUCAAUGGCCUUGCAUCCGAGGGAAUUCACGAGCCACCCGUGAAGAACACGAGCUACACUGUGGACCACGAGCUGCAUCAGGGUCGCCCAACCAAGCAAAGAAAGCUUUCAUGGAAGCGAGGCCAAAGCCGCGACUUACCCAAGACCGACGUACCCGACCUCCGCACUGUCAAUGUUGGCGACUACCUCGACACGAGCGUCCUCUCGAACCUCUUCGACGACUAUGACGGGAUGCCGGCCCAGAUCUACGUCCGGAAGGAGAUGACGAUGGCAUGGGACCUCUUGUUUGCCAACUAUGUGACCAAGUCGAAAGGAGUCGGCAACACGGCAGGCGCAGCGCUGUACCAGGCAAAGGCCAACAGCGUGUUCUGCAAAGUGCUCAACGAAGCCUCAAUGUCGCAAGCCGAAGCUGCCGCUGCGCAAGAAGCCGCGCGACAAGCGCCAUCUCGCGUACUGUUGAUCGGCUCGCCUGGUGUCGGCAAGUCUGUGGUUGCUCUUGUCUUCUGCGCAUACUUGGCAGCUUACCACGACUACGACAUUCUCUACAUUCGAGCCUUGAGCACCUACCCAUACACGCUCAUCGUUCAUUUCUCCGGCUGCCACGUCAUCAAGGACCCUGAGUUUUCAGCAAAAGCUCAGAGUGUUUGCCCGUUCCAAGAUAAGUUCAAGAGCGAGUGCCUCAUUGCCGGCAAGAAGCAUUUAGUUGCUGGCGACGGGUCGCUCUACGGGUGCGACUUGCUUGCCGUGUCGAGCAUUCCCAAGCACUAUCUGCAUACCAGCUUUGUUCUGGUUCUUCUGCCAGCAUGGACCAAGACGGCGCUUAAGGCCGCGGUAGCAGCAAGUUCAACACUCACAGAGUCGUUUGGCGAGCGCUAUGCUGUCUCAGGUGGCAGCGUCAGUCGUUUUCUCAUUGAGCCUCAGCAGCUCCGGGACAGCCUCGUGAACGAUUUUGAUCGUUUGUACUGGUUUCGGCAAACACUCAAGUUCAUCAAGGACACGGAGAUGUACGAGCAGUACGUUUCUCUCAAGCAUAGCCACACCAUCAACGACGCGACGUUUGUGCUGCGGCAUGUAUUGUCGGAAGGAUCGAUCCACAACUUUGCGUCGACCGUCGAGUGGGCUGCGACGACGCCGAACGCGUCACUCUACGCGAUGCAAUUCACCGCGCUCGUGACGAAGCUCGCAUUUGACCAAGUCCUCAAGCUGUUGAUUUCGCAGGAUGGGUCGCAGCAGCUGCUCGUCGACGCCAGCUGUGCCGUGGUGAGCGGUCAUGCCACCAGUGCAGCCUGCCUCGCGUACCUCCAACACGACCUGCCACCGGGAACGUACUGGUACCCAGGAUGCGACGACUUUCCUGCCAUCAACGACAUCUUUGUCAAAGACGGCUGGAUCAACUACAUCCAAACGACGGUCCUGCCCGACCAUGUGGUUGCGUGGGGCGAGUUGGCCAUCGUACAGGCAUCAGUCAAGCGCAACACGAAGCUCCAGAACCACAAGUACCGCCUCGUGCUGGUCAUGCCGGUCAAGGUGACGUGGGUGGGUCUCGAAUUUGCACCCGAGAUUGACGAAUUUGUCGUGUGCACGGGGGAAGAACCCGAGCUGCUCGUCGACGCCAGCUGCGCCGUGGUGAGCAGUCAUGCCACCAGUGCAGCCUGCCUCGCGUACCUCCAACACGACCUGCCACCGGGAACGUACUGCCCGACCAUGUGGUUGCGUGGGGCGAGUUAG